AUGGCAUUUACAGGAACUCUAGAUAAAUGCAAGGCUUGUGACAAGACUGUGUAUGUGGUUGAUAUGAUGUCCCUUGAAGGGGUACCAUAUCAUAAAUCAUGCUUCAAAUGCAGCCACUGCAAAGGAUUUCUUUCGAUGAGCACCUACUCCUCCAUGGAUGGAAUCCUGUACUGCAAGCCACAUUUUGAGCAACUUUUCAAGGAAUCUGGCAAUUUCAGCAAGAAUUUUCAUCCAGGUAAGACUUUUCUUUCAGGCCAUUAUAUUUCUAGGCGUCCAAGCAAACUUUCUUCCAUGUUCUGUGGAACCCAAGACAAAUGUGCCGUUUGCACAAAAACGGUGUAUCCUCUAGAGAAGGUGACACUGGAAGGAGACUGUUACCACAAGACAUGCUUUAGGUGUGCUCAUGGUGGGUGCCAUCUAACACAUUCUUCCUAUGCUGCUCUUGAUGGAAACCUCUACUGCAAGCACCAUUUUGCUCAGCUCUUCAUGGUGAAAGGAAACUACCACCACGUCCUCCAGGCAGCUGCACACAAGAAGAAUGGAGCCACACCACCUGCUCCACCAGCAGACUCGGAGCCAAAGCCGGAACCCGAGAGCAACGUACAAGAGCAAUCGUCUUAGAAAGCACGUACUAUGAAUGGUUCCUCCCUAUCUUUCAGAGUUCUUCAAAAACAAAACAAAGAAAACAAAAAACAAAAAAAAGGGUGCAGACCCUGUCAUGUUGUUGAAAUUCAUGUCAAACUUUAUUUACAAAUUAUUUUCAGUUAGUAAGCUUAUUUGAGAAGUUACUAAUGUCAUUAAAACAAAAAAAAGA